AUGAGAAAUCGUGCGUGGACCUUAUUCCAACGUGUUACCUGUAUGCGCUUCACAGUGUCAGGUCCCAUAUUAUUCUUAAUAAUAUUUGGUAUAUCUGGAUUCAUAUCAUGUACUUUAUAUAAUCCUCUCUUGGAAUUUCUGAUUGACAACUCCUAUGGUUUUUCAAAUGAUAUCGAAUCGGAGUAUACGAUCGCUGGUCUCGAAGCUACAACAACUUUUCAUAAAUUUGACAUGAGCAAACCAAAAAAUAAUGGACCUCGGGGAGCUCUGAAAAUCAUUGGCAAAGUUCCUCUGAUAGUAGGAUGGAAUAAAUUUCAUAAAAGACCACUAUCGUGGAUGUUUGACCGUUUGAAGUUGUGUGAAUAUAGAUGUGAUUAUUCUGAUGACCGCAGAAAUGCCAGCUUGGCUGAUGUUCUUAUAAUCCAUGGAGGAACUUUACACUCCUUGCCUCCAAAAAAAAAACAUCAAAAAAUUGUAUUCUUCAUGAGAGAAUCUCCAGGUCGGGAAUGGAAGGGCUUCUAUCGUCAUUGGCAUCAGGUUCCGAUGAAAUUUUUUGAUGUAACAAUGACUUAUCAUCGGCGAGCUAAUUAUUGGGAAAGAUAUUUUACAAUGGAUCCGAUAGAGAGUUCUGAAGACCCUCACUGGACCGAUUCUGAAGUUGAUGAAGCAAUCUCCAGAAAAACACAUGGAUCUUUUUUUUUGGCUUCUCAUUGUAAUGCUGGAUCAAAGAGAGAUCAAAUAGUUCGUCAACUUAACCAAUAUCAUGAAGUAUCAAUUUUUGGCAAGUGUGACGGAGCAAGUCCUUGUGACUUUGAUUGUGAGCAAGAAGUUGUCGAUACCACUCACUUCUAUCUCGCAUUGGAAAAUUCUGUGUGCACAGACUACAUUACAGAAAAAUUUUAUCGUUUUAAGCGAUUAAUUGUUCCAAUAACGUUCAAACGAGAAAUCGUAUCAGGAAUGGUUCCGGACGAUGCCUUCAUAGCUGUGGAUGACUUUUGUUCUUUGGAAGAAUUAGGAAAAUACUUGAACUGGUUAAUGGCAAACAAGAAGGAAUACAAAAGAUAUUUCAAUUGGUCAAAACUUUACCGUAACGAUUAUCGGAUGUCUGAUUCCAUUUGUGAUAUGUGCGAAGAUUUGGUGUUCAAUAGAUUGAAAACUACAAAGUAUAAUAAUUACCGGACAAUUUCUUCGUGGAUGCCACGUUCUCAAUGUAGUAAACGAUUCGGAGGGAAAAUGUUAGAAAACAGAUGCGCAAAUAUUACUGAACCCAGUAAAAAUCCCUUACUCAUUCACUAUUACUCUGCUAUGAAGAAAAAUUAA